GGAUCCGCGUUCUGUUGUCCCGCAGCCCGCAGAGCUUCUGGAACUGGCGGCGGAGGAAGCACCGAAGCGGAGCGGCAGCGGCCUGGUUCAGCGCUCGGCCUCCCGGAUACACUUUAGUUAUCCCAGCGGGUCAACACCUCGUCGAAGAAACCGCGGUGGGAGCUGGAGCCGCUGUCCGGGGAGCAGAGAGGUUAGCCAGGAUCGAGCUAGCGGACGCAGCGGCGGCGGCGGGGCGGACCGGGGCGGACCCGGGGCUCUCUCUCUGCUCGGUGGCUUUGAACUCCCAACAGCUCCGAACUACGAGAGGACUUGAGGAAACUUGAGGCGGGAGAGGGAGAGCAUGCGUUUGGAGCCGCGGGCGCUGUAGGAUGAAGAGCCCGGCGCACCGCACCAGGGACAUCGAGCGGCAAGCCGGCUACCUGAAGCCCGAGCACUGCGCCCCGCCUCCGCCCCGCACCGGCUCCGACGCCAUGUGGUUCAUCCGCGACAGCUGCGGCAUCGUGUGCGGCAUCAUCACCUGGUUCCUGGUCUUCUACGCCGAGUUCGUGGUGGUGUUCGUCAUGCUGCUGCCCGCCAAGAACGUGGCCUACAGCCUCUUCAACGGGGUGCUGUUCAACGGCCUGGCCUUCCUCGCGCUCGCCUCUCACGCCAAGGCCAUGUGCACGGACCCGGGAGCCGUGCCUAAAGGGAACGCAACCAAAGAAUUCAUCGAGAGCCUGCAGCUGAAGCCCGGACAGGUGGUGUACAAGUGUCCCAAGUGCUGCAGCAUCAAGCCCGACAGAGCUCACCACUGCAGUGUCUGCAAACGCUGCAUCAAGAAGAUGGACCACCACUGUCCCUGGGUCAACAACUGUGUCGGAGAGAACAACCAGAAAUACUUUGUGCUCUUCACGAUGUACAUUGCACUAAUAUCCUUCCAUGCGUUGGUCAUGGUGGCCUUCCACUUUGUGUUCUGCUUCGAAGAAGACUGGACGAAGUGCAGCAGCUUCUCUCCACCAGCAACCGUCAUCCUCCUCAUCCUCCUCUGCUUCGAGGGUCUCCUCUUCCUCAUCUUCACCGCAGUCAUGUUCGGGACUCAGGUUCACUCCAUCUGCACCGACGAAACGGGCAUCGAGCAGCUCAAGAAGGAGGAGAGGAGAUGGGCCAAGAAGUCCAAGUGGAUGAACAUGAAGGUGGUGUUCGGACACCCGUUCUCUAUAGCGUGGCUGAGCCCGUUUGCCACGCCCGACCACGGCAAGGCGGACGUCUACCAGUACAUCGUGUAACUGACGUGUAACGAGCGCUGCUGCUGCUGCUGCUGUGGACUCAGACUGACCGGUCCUGGGCUGGAGGAGGACCUCUCCCCUCCCACAUCUUCUCUCCCUUCAUGACUUCUUCAUACUUCAGGGUGUUCUGUUGUGAGGUAUUAUGUUGUUUCUGUUUUUUUUUUAUUUCCUUUUUGGUGCUGACUGAGAUUAACGAAGCUCUGAGAGGACAAACAUGUUGGACUGAGCGGCGGUUAGAAGCACCUCAGAGGCCAAACCCACGCCGGCAGACCGAGACACGCCUUCGCUGGAGUUCCCUGCAGCGCGUCGCAUCAUUUCCUGCUUCCAAGACUAAAAACGACGUGGACUGAGAAUGUUUUCGCUCGAUCCGGGACGGACGCCCGGCUUUGUCUUCCUGUAGACUGAUCACCAUCCUGUCUCUUCGUUUGCUGUAUUGCUGUUGCUGCAAGAGUUUUGUUUUUGCUGAAUGCUGCGGAUGACUCGCCUUAGAACAGUGCAUUAGUGAGCAGCGGCUGUUUUUAAAGACGUUUCUAUUUAUUUGCCUUAAUGUGACGGUUCAGGUUCACGCUGGUUGGGUGGGUUGGUCGUGGCUUCCUGUGGUGCCGGAUCAGUGGGUCUGAAACGAGAGUAAAUUUAAUCCAUUUUUCAUUCGAUUUGAUUACAGUGAACUCCAAGGUAGAAGCAUACAAGAGCAGUGUGAGCGGGUUCUCUGGAGACGCAGAGCAGCAAUAACCUCGCAGCUAAACUUCUGAUCCGUUAGACUUCAGUCCUCACAGAGUGGCUGGUGGAUUCUUUCACAGCGUAGCUAAACAAAGUCCCAACAAGUUGCUCCGUAAUCAUCAGAUUGUUCUUGUUCUGUUAUUUAAAAACCGGUCCGGUGUGAAAAAACACAAUCACGUCUGGUCGUCCAGGUCGAGCGCUGAACCGGAGGCGACCUUAAGGAUGAGUCCUGGUGACAAUCACGCAGAGGGAGGAGACGUCGCAGCAGGUGGAGCUUCAUCUGAUGGAGCUUUAGAUCAGGAGAAUGAAGCUGAUGUCUGUGAGAUGAAAAACGCACUGAAUCGAGAUAAACGUUAAACAUGUUCAGAUUGUGGUGCGGUUCAACCGGCAGUAUCGGCCGGUAUCAGUUAAAUAGAUGCUGGUAGUAAUCAUGUCCAGCAGAACCCAUAUCGACUCCGUUUGCAGCACAUGCAGCAGAGGACGGUGCUGAGUCCAGUGGCGUCUGUUGGUAAAGUACAACGCUGGAGGUUUAAUAACUAAAUAAACUUAUUUUCUCUUCUCAAUAUAAUGUUUUAUAUGCACAAAGAUACGAGCUGAGACUUUUUUUGAUCACUUAAAUCGACAUCCAACAUGCAGAUUCAUUCAUGGUUAUUACAGAUGGUGUACAUUAUACUGAGACGUAUGUUUUUAAACUUCCCGUCUGAGCACACGAUAAGGACUUAGAAUUUAUCUAACACUAAUAAUUUAUUGGACUGGACUGCAGCUAAUCAAGUGGCCACCGAGUGCAGAAACCAGAAGCUUGAUGCACGAAACAGCUGCUUAUGACAACAUCUGGACCAUAACUAAGAUUAAAUCCAAUCAGAAACUGGGUUUGGCUUCAUGGAAACCUUCAGAAUGAUGCUGCAAAACUCCAAAUCUGACACUUGGAAGUGAACAAAGUCGCGUACGAUAAACAACACGGCUUCAGUUCCACAAUCCACCAGCUUCACUUUGAUUGUUUGCCGUCUCUGUGUUUGACCUUUUAGCUUCAUAACAAUCUCCAGCUCAGACAGAAAGUCAGGGAAUAAAGCAAUACACGUUGCUCUCUGGAUGCACUGGCCCCAAGUGUCAUUCACUUCCACUGAUGGUGGAUGAUCCAGUUUGUCGUAUGUUGUUGUCGUGAGUCUGCCUGAAGGGGAAAAUAAAAAUGAUCCACAUUUAUGUUGGAGGCCUGAAAGACUAGAAAAACGUGUUUUAACUGUUGGACCUGUGAGCGAUGAACAGCUAGAAGAAGAUUUUAGCUUCCAUGCUGACGGGGAAAAGGCCACUUCAGAGCAUUUAACACUAAAAUGCCUUCGCUCACGUGUGUUUGAAGCCUUAUCGUAGUUCAAAGUCGAGCUUCUGGAAGCGAUGGAAGGACUUAUUUAAAUAUCUCUUGCCAAAUCCUGAUGAAGGGAGGCGAUGAAGUGACCAUUUCAAGAGUUUUCUGAGGCUUUUAAAUGUUUUUUAAGAAUCGUUGCCAUGAUGUGGAGGAGCAACAGGUUUACACGUACAGGACACCAGCUUCCUUCCUUUCUCUCAGAUUGUUCUGCGUGGUCGGGUGUGAACACCGUCACCAUGGACAACAGCGUUCUACUUUUUCUUUUUGGUGUUUGUUUAAAGGGGAAUGAAAUAAAACUGUAUGACUAUAUGACA